AGAUUCAAGGUUCACUACUACGAAAAGAAGUCCAUUUUUGAAGAAGCAGUCAAAGUAGGCGAAGGAGAAGUUCUUCUAAUCUCUCCAAGACAUCCGAAAAAGGGAGUAAAACAGCAGGAACGCGUGACAUGGAAAGAAGCGUUGCGUGACAUCGAUGUUGAUCUCGAAGAAGGCAAAUGGGGAAUUGGUCCGCAGCAAGACGCUGAGGACGUUGACAGCUUAACCUUUUGCUGCUGUGAGCGUUGCCAUGGCAGUUCAUUACAAGGGCUGUCGGAGGCGAUGUGCGGGGCCUUUCCACAACACAUCACGGCGAACCAGUUUUUUACACCACGCUUAUUCAAAGCAUACCAUUCUGAAGGAUACAACGCAUGCCUGGAAGCUGAUGCCGCUGAGUUUUUAGGUGCAGUUCAAGAAGUAGAGUUGACAAUCACAACUGAGCUGACAACAUAAAACAGGAACUGGAUAGCGAUAAAUCAGUGCGGUGCACGAAAAUGUGAAAAAGGGAAAAGGGAAAAAAAGAAAGAAUUAGAAAGAACCGUGUCAUGCAGAAUAAGAGUACUUUUCUUUAAACAAAGCCUUUAUACCGGGAAGGCAGACUUAAUAGUUGAUCAAGAUCUCCUAUUAUCUCGCUAGUUUUUGCUCAAGUCAUUGCAAAUAUUGUUUAAGCUUAAAUUAACACCUAAUCAGCCUGGCAAGUGCUGUGUUAGGAAAUAAUCAAAACUGAAUACAUUUAUAGCUAACGAGCAUUCAGAUAAUAUAUCAAGCAUGAGAUGCAACACUGAGAAAAGAGUUGAAAAUACGACGCGCAGCAGAGUAUUUUUGACGAACGUCGAGGUGUCGAAUGCUAAAUUUAAGGAUGCAAAAAUGAGCAGUUUUUCAACCGAUUUCCAAACACUCAUUAAACAUCAAUUUCCUUUGUAUUUUCUUUAUGAGUUAUUAAUGAGUUUGAGAAUUUAUCAUAUCUUAGCGGAUACUUAUUAUAUUUAAACAAAUUCACUUUCUAUGCAAUUAAAUCCUCUCCAUUAAGAUAUAAAGUACGUAGACUACACAUUUGUCAAGGCUCUGUCAAAGAUCACACACUAUGUGAAGCCUUUUUUUUUUUUACUUAAUCUCGUUUGUGUAUAUGAUAUUUCCCUUAGCUUUACUACGAUUAUCAUUAUGUCGUCAGAAUAUAAAUCACAUUGUUUAGACAGUGCACGUACAUUUUCCUGGCAUCUUUGGACGUUGCCUCGACACGGCUACGGUGAUUAGUCUUGGGUAGCCUGGGUGAUCAGUUGUCGUGCAAAGAAUUUGACGGCUAUUAUUUUGCUUUGUGCUGGAAACUCAUCAUAGCGUAACAUAUCAUAUCUUAAGAAACAGUCUUAAUUGACACUCACGUUUGACUUUCUUGCUAUACCUGGAGAUUGCUGGAUAUCCCAGGCCUGUCAUAUAGCCAGGUUUAUCGUGUACCUGUAACGAAGUCACAGCUACGUUAUAGAAAGUACCCUUAAGCCUUUGGUUCGGAAAGGUGAGCUUGACUUACAUUUACUGUGUUAAAUUUUUAUUGAAACCAAAAAAAUUGCCAUUAAGUCAAUGUAGUACUCAGGUACCAAUAGGCCAGUAGCUUUGACGGGGCUGGGAAAUAUGAGGAAAUGACUCGAUAUGCUACGUUUAAAGCUCAGUACGCCAUUCGUUACUAUGAACAAUAUUUUGUCUCAGAGUCGUAAACCAAAAUACUAUCUUUCUUGAUGUUUCAUUACAUUUCUAGUUAUCUAGUGACACGAAGUGUCCGUCAAGAUGAGUUGUGGCAUUGCUACUGUACUGACUGAUAUUCAUUUAAAGCUUCAAAUUCUGCCCGCAAUACGAAGCCAUUCAAUUUUGCAGUCGCUGUAUGACUUUGAACUGUAUACUCCUUUUUUCUUAACUUAAUAUUUAAACCCAAGCCUGUUUAAGCUUUGAUUGAUGCUUUACAUCAGUCACUUAAGUUAACUAUGGCCAGUCAAGGUUAAUUAACCGUGUCACAUCGUUGCAGCCUGUGUGUGUUUUUUAGGCGAAUAAAUGGGUGCUCAACGUAACUUUACUGUCAGUAGUGUUUUAUUAUUUUUAACGGUUGUAACUUAAAGUGGCAAAAAUCAACCCGUUUUAAUCCUGCGGUCAAUGGUUUGCCAUGUAUGUUUACUCAUGAUAUUAUCAUAUCAUUGCCAUAGUUAACCAUGGUCGUACGUGAAAAUAUGAAAAACCAUUCGCAACAAAGAGAACCUAACCAGCGGGAGAGACAGAAAACUGUAAAUACCGAGGGAUUGAGUGGGUACGGUUAUUUGUGUUGGAAAAAUCGACACAGAGUGUACAAAAGACUUGCUAUUCAAAGGAAUAUUUUAGUGUUAUUUACUUUUCAGACAUAUUCUCUUUUCAGCAUGUCUGAAACAGGCCUUUCGUUUUCCGGGGGAGGUAUCCGGUCAGCAGCAUUCUGCUCAGGCGUUCUGCGCAGGCUCUUACAACGCAACUGCAAGAUUGACUACCUGAGCUGCGUGUCAGGGGGCGGUUACACUGGCACAGCCUACCUGGAUUGGAAAUAUAGGAAUGGCAAGAAGGACGAUCCAAAGUGGCAUCAGGAAUUCUUCGACCACAUGAGAGAAAAUGCAGGGUUGAUGUGCAACUGGCAGAGGCCUUUCAGAGGAAUCUUUGAUACCGUGAUUCUUCUCUCUCUAAUGCUGCUCGUCUCUGCUAUAAUGCCAAUAAUCGUGUGGGGCUCCUAUCUUUUUCCGCUUGUAUACAUGGUUGAUUAUCUGUUUGGAGAUAUCCUGAAAGCUGAUGAUGAAUGCGAUUCAGUUCCACAUGAUCAAAGGCAACCCCGCGUCAUUUUUAGCUUACCAGAUAACAACACGGAAAAUGUUAAAGAGAAUGUUACCGGCACUGAACGGCAAGGUGACCGCUGUAUGAUUACUAUGGGCUCAGAAGCUUACACUCGCAUUGUCAUGUUCGCUACUCUUAUAACAUUAUUUGUCUCUCUCUACUUGCUUUCCAAAAAAGUGCAACGGUUCCGUUCGGUUUUGUACUUUUUGUCCUCCUUUUGGGGUCUCCUUUUUGCUUUCACCUAUAUUCCUUUUUUCAUUUUCUACUUCUUCGAUCGCACACCGUUGUGGACACGGCUUUUGGUAUUUAUGUUAAGCAUUGUGGCGUGGUUCUUUUUUCCAGUGCUAAGACGCAAGUCCUCCUUUGUCGUAGUUGUGUAUUUGUAUUCCUAUGCAGUAUAUUGGAAGGUGUAUCAAUCAACAUUGUUUGGCAUAACCUAUUCUGAUUACCUCUUCUUUCGCCUCCUGUUUGCCUCUGGCAUCAUUUUAUGGAUCGUGCCUGCGUUAGGAGCAAUACAGCAACGACUGGUGUAUGUCUUUAACAGGUAAUAAUGAUACAUGAAAUAUUAGAGCCCCAUAGCUAAGAAAAUUUGGUCACCUAUCCAUCCGAGAAGUUUUGUGAAAUAUUACACUUUCUAGCCGGUGUGGGAGCCUGCACCCUUAUAAGGUAUAUCCAUGUUGUGGUCAAUAGACAGCUGUCAAACCAGGGUAUCCGCUGACCAUCAUCACAUGACCGUAUCGCGGGCUCAUUUUUGGUCCGAUCGAGUAUGCGUGUAUAAUUUGAAGUUAACCGCUGACGUUACUAGUUUUCCACUGAUCACAGGCUCAACUUCAAGUUGAUUUCUUUGCAAUGGUUACAAGCUUAUUGUUUGAAGUAAAUUAUACAUUUACUACUUUGUAGACACCAAGGACAACUUAGGGUUUUUAAUUUUAAUACAAUAUGUCCGUUUUAAAACUGUACUUUCUUUUGUUUUUUCAAGAUGGAGAUUACAAUCAGCAUUUUACACACAUGCCAGUGUUGGUAGGUCAGGGUUUAGAGGAAUAGGCAUAGAAGAUAUUUUCCUCGUGACAAACUGGUCAACAUCGCAUCGCAACAGGCUGAAUGAUAAUGACUUUGGACCCUUGACCCUCCGAGACUUGAAGGGAAUUAAGCCGGAGUAUUUAUCAAACAUAGUGGUCAAUGAAUGGAUCAUAAACGAGACUGGCGACAAUCAAGAAAAAUACGAGCUUCUUAUUAUGUCCCCGACUAAAAUAGAACGUCUUGAUCGGCCUGAAGGACAGGAACAGUUUGAGAACAAACUCGAUCCGGGAGAUAUAGACCUAUCAGCUGCCAUGGCAACGUCUGCCGCAGCUGUUGCACGUCACAUGGGCGCUUACAAUCAGUCAGCUGAAGGCUUCAAGCAGUUACAGACCGUGUUAGGACUGGGCAUGGGCUCUUCCACGGUAUCUGACAACGAGGCGCUGAAAAGAGAGAAUGGUGCUCUUAGGGUAAGUGCUUUCACUUUAAAAGACUUGAAGCUUUGUUUGUAUUUUUGCAUAUUUUGAUCCCGGCAGUAUCAGACCAUUGUUGUCAUCGUCAUCAUCAUCAUCAUUAUCGUUAUCAUUAAACUUAAUAUUUUGUUAACAAUUUUUAACACUGGUAAAAGAAAUACUGGCCUCGUUAGAUUAAUUUCCAGAAGACUUAUCUUUUGUUAACUCUUUUCAAUUGUAAAUUAGCACCUUUAGUACGCGAAGCCCCCGUGGCGCAAUGGACUAGCGCGUUGGACUUCUAAUUCAAAGGUUGUGGGUUCGACUCCCACCGGGGGUGGACAUUUCCCUUUUUUUAACAGUGUGGAAAAUCUGACCGGGUGACGUUUCAAUUAGUUAUAACUCGUAAGUGGUGCGAAAGGUCCUCGUUGAUAGAAAUCGAACUGAUUUGUCCUGAGAAAUUUAUUUUGCCCAUGACUAAAGAUUACUGUUCCCUGAAGACUAACACCUUCAUAAAAAAAAAUUGCUUAAGCCAAACCCAUGAAAGCCGGAUAAAAAACGGGCACUCCCUUAUGUCAUAAAGGUGAUUCAUGUACACCCAUUGAUUAACUUUAACACGGGAAAUCACUGCCCUUCUAUAUACCUAAAGCCGCAAGCGUCAUCAUAUAGCUCAUUUUAAUUAGGUCAGUACAUACUCUUUCUUUCAACAUCCCAAAGGGCUCACAAAAUGUCCAUUUUCCUUUUCAGGCACUUCCUUAUGUUAUAGAGGCAAUUCGUGUCCUCCCAUUAGUUAGCUUUCCACUAGUGUACUUUGUAGGAGGAGAACAAACGGAAGACGAAAAGUGGGUGGCCAUAGGAGUACUCAUAUUUUUUGCCAUGCUGUUUGUACUGAUCAUCAUCUCUACGCUGAAGACUGGAAGGGAAAACCCCACAGAACUGGAGAAAGUAACGAGGUGAGAAAAUGGGAGUACUUUUUUUACCUUGUAUUAAAUUGUAUAAAUUUAUGGGUACGUACAGACUUCGACGCUUUCCAAAUUAAACGAACAGCCAAAGUCCACCAACAAUUCAAUUAUUAAUCAGAAUUAGCCAUGAAAUUUUCGCCUUACCCUCUGGAAGCUAUGUGGAUUUUUCGAAAUCAUUCUAGUUAAACUUGGCCUCUUAGCUUAAACAGAAAAAUGCAUCAGUAUUCUAGCUAUUGUGAUCAAGGGAAUAGCGUUCACCCUAGCAGUUUUUAAUUCGCUGGUCUUGAUCAAUUCUUGAAAAUGAGAAAAAAAUAAGAAAUGGACAAAACAUCUGUAGACUGCUGUGAAUGAGACCGUCAUAUUUCAUUCGGUUAAUUAAAAUGCGAUGUGUCCUUAGCUUCUCUUUGCUAAUAUCGCAAAAGUAUACCUUUCAUAGCGUCGCAUUCACACCAUUUUUAUAGUUUAAUCGUGAAUAAAAAAAUGGUACGUUGACGUAAAUAUGAUACCAUUAUGAGGUCCUCACGAUGCAUUCCCCUCUUCAGGUGGUUCAUUGUUCACGUGCCAUUCGUUCGUUUUAUGCGACAGUUGCUGUAUGUAAGCAAUAUGGGUCCAGCACCUCCUCCUAUUUUGAGGCUAAGCGAUGGUGGCCAUAUUGAAAAUUUGGGCAUUUUGCCACUUUUGAAAAAGCGAUUGAGGAAGAUUGUUGUCGCAGAUGGUGGUCACAAAAGUGAGGACGGUCAUUGGGCAAAAGAUUUGCUGAAGGCGUUGUCAUUGGCUCGAGAAAAGCUACACUGCUCUUUCAUUGGUCUAGACGGCCGUGACGUCAUAGAGGACGUCAAAGAAAAAUUUGUUAACACGCCACGACGUCACCAACCAAGAAGUUACAGGUCUGUAGCUUUUGAAGUGUUAUUCUUUGCAUGGAUUUUAUUCAGUAUUAAUCGGGAAAGUAACGUUUAUUGCAUUCAAUAAACAAUAUAUUAUCAUAGGUGAAAAGAACGAAUAUGAAAUACUCAUUGAUGUGAUGAACAUUAUUAUAUUUGCAUAAUUUGUAUUUUUUUAGAUUUAAGGUUCAUUACUACAAAAAGAAGUCCAUUUUCGAACAAGGAAUUAAAGCUGGUGAAGGAGAAAUUCUACUUCUUUGCCCAAGGCAUCCCGACAGAGGCAUCAAGCAAGAUCAGACACCUGUGACUUGGAAGGAAGCAUUGCAUGACAUAAACGCUGAUCUGGAAGCCGGGAAAUGGGGAAUUGGCCCUCAACAAGACGCAGAGGAAGUUGACAGUUUAACCUUUUGCUGCUGUGAAAGUUGUCAUGGCUCGUACUCUUUAAAAAGUGUUUCAAAUGCGAUGUGCGGGGCAUUCCCACAGCACAUCACGGCGAACCAAUUUUUCACACCUCGCAUGUUCAGGGCGUAUCAUUGUGAAGGCUACAACGCAUGUAUGGAGGCUAACGCUGCUGACUUCUUGAAUUCCACAGAUAAAGGAAACAUUUUUAAUGAAUUCCAGACAUGA